UAAAGGAAGCUUUUAAAAACCGUGACAGAGCUUUGCUGCAGAAACACAGAGCUCUGCCAACGAGACGGGCUGAAAGAAGUCACGGAGCUGAGAGGAAAGCGGUCUGCAGCAGAACAUCAGCAGAGACAAAGAUUAUCUGUAAAAGACGAACAUGGACAGCAAUCCUGCUCCACCCUCAGAUGCAGCAGACGAACAUCUCAGAAUUGUGAUGGUUGGGAAAACUGGAGCUGGGAAGAGUGCAGCAGGAAACACCAUCUUAGAAAGAAUCUCCAAAAGUUGUUCGUCUUCAUCUUCAAUAACAGCAGAGUGUCAGAAGGAAACAGGAGAGCUUGGGGGUCAAACACUGGCUGUAGUUGAUACUCCAGGUCUGUUUGAUACCACACUAUCUCAAGAGCAGGUGGUGAAAGAGAUCAGUAAGUGCAUCUCCUUUGCUGCUCCUGGUCCUCACGUGUUCCUGGUUGUUAUCCAACCAAACAAAUUUACCAAAGAAGAACAAGAAACAGUGAAAAUCAUUCAGAAGAUAUUCGGAGAUGAAGCAGCACGCUACACUAUGGCCUUGUUCACACAUGGUGACGAUCUGGAAGCAGAUGAAGUCAGUGUAGAAGAUUUAAUUGACGGAAAUAAAGAACUCAGUGACUUCAUCAGUCAGUGUGAGGGAGGAUAUCAUGUUUUUAACAACAGAGAAAAGGAUUCCUCUCAGGUCAAAGAGCUGAUGAAGAAGAUCAACACAAUGGUCCAAAGAAAUGGAGGAAGCUGCUACACCAAAGAGAUGUUUGAAGAAGCUGAGAAAGCAAUAAAAGCAGAAAUGGAUCGACUCCUGGAAGAAAAUCCAGAGAUGUCAGAAGAAGAAGCCAGAAGACGGGCAGAAAGAGAAAACAAGUACAUCAGGGCUUGUGGGAUAGGGGCGAGCGUUGGAAGUAUCUUAGGCCCAGUGGCAGCUGCAGUUUUAGAACUGAAACAUGCAUGUGCCAUACAGUGA